AUGGCGCUAGCACAAGCGGAAAACAUAAGCGACACUGAGAAGUGCGAUGUUUGUCUAGAAAAACGAGAAUGUAUCAGCAUAACCGAUCCCGUUUUUGGUGACAAAGAUGUGUUAGCCAUUGUUAAGCAGCAUUUGGAUAUAAAAAUCAUAUUAACGUACGUAUGCAAGCGCUGCUGGAGUGUGUUACAUGAUUUCGACGAAUUUUGUAAGAUGGUGAACCUGCAGCACCACAGCUUACAUUGGGAAUCUGAACUGACGGAUCGAGUUCCAGACUCGAUGUUUGCCACGGAAUUCGUUGAGAUCAAGAACGAACCACUCGCUGAGGAAGUAGAAAUGACUCUGAAGGAAGAACAGGAAAUCAAGUUAGAGAGUUCGCCCGAAUAUGGUUGUGAUAAACUUAUGUCUGACCAGUCAUCAGACGAAGACGAUAUGACGUUGGCUUAUAAUAGCUCCGUUCCAUCGAAGAGUAACGACAAGUUUAAUCUCCGGAGGGCCAAGAGAACUGCUAGCAAAGAUGAGUUUAAAAAAGAAUCCAAGAUUGAUGCUGAUAUACUACAAUUCUACAAGCGUUUGGUUUGCGAGAUAUGUGACGCAGAACAAAUGCUGUCUGGGGACCCAUCGAUUGAGUACAGCAAUCUACGGGAUUUGAAUAAACACAUGCGAAAAGUCCAUGAUCUUGCAAAGUCGACCGUAAAGUGUCCAAUGUGUGAUAAGAAAUUUCAAUCACGAUCGAAGCUGCUUGAACACAGAGCGAUGCAUUUGGAUCCGGACCGGUUUAGAUGUUCGGUAUGUCAGGAGGUACAUCAAAACUUGACGGAGCAUAUGCAAAAUAAGCAUCAAGAGCGGACCUACUGUUGCGAAGAGUGUGGAAAAAAGUUCCCAUUCAAAGCGAGGCUCUCCGCACACAUGCGGAAAAUGCAUACUGCAAAAGACGUCGUUUGCGACCAAUGCCAAAAGUGCUUCAGCAAAUAUACUAUCGAGGAUCACAAACGUGCCGUUCAUGAGUCCCGGUAUAUCUGCGAACAUUGUCCGCGAACAUUUCAAACGCGUUUCUCGUUAGAACAACACAUGGAAGAGCACGUGGAAGGUAUGCGUAACGCAACCGCAGUAGCCUGCAAUGUGUGUGGUUUUGUGCUCCGCAAUAAGUACAGCCUCUCGUCUCACAUGAAGCGAAUGCACACCGAACAUCCACCUGUUAGCUGUGUGUCAUGUGGAAAGGUUUUUAAAUCCCAACGCAACCUAAACACCCACCUCGCGAACGUGUGUACCGAUCGGACCUUCCCUUGUCCCAUUUGUAGCAAGCAGUUCAAGAAGAAAAUUAAACUAAAGGAACACAUGACAACGCACACGAAGAGCGCGUUGUAUCAGUGCCCUUAUUGUCCGAAAACAUUCAGCUUCGAGACUCAACUGUACACUCAUCGCAAGCAGGUGCAUUACGAUCAGUGGCUAGAAAUGCAAAGAAAGCGUAAAGAAGGUGUACGGUUUAAGGUUAAUCGGGUAUCAGAUAUGCCGUCUGUUUAA